AGUUAAAUUCUCAGUGAAUUGAAGCAUACAAAAUUCAGCCGCAAGUUCCGUUUCACGAAACGGCGAUUCAGCGAAAACAGCGAGUCUGCAAGUUGGCAAGGCGUGGGCACACUGAACUGGCAACGUAGCUGCGAGCAGGUGAUUUGACAUUUCGUCUGGAAUGUCUACGUAUCGAAACAAGUGUUUAGGCAUAAUAUCGGGCAGGAACUUAUAAAAAGACUGCUCUGUGAACCACACUUAUUCAUCUGACGUCACAGUUGUCGGCAAAUAUAAUAUAAUCGGUUGUUUGAUAUGCUACGGUGAUCUUAUCGUCAUGGCUAAAGCAAUCUAGAAGAUGCCCUUAGGAAUAAAUGAGAAUGAUAGAGAGGAAAAACUGAACAUCUCACGUGAGGAUAAAUUACAUUUUGAAGAAAUGUGGCUGCCAUCCAUUGAGGCCAGCAGUUUGGCUGUGGAAGAUGUUGCAAGAAAAUUAGACACUAAUAUGCUUUCUGGUCUGAGUUGGGCAGAGGCAGAGAGAAGGAAAUCAAUGUUUGGGGCCAACGAAUUUGUGGUAAAAAAUGAAGAUCCCAUAUGGAGGAAGUACAUGGAACAAUUUCAAAAUCCACUGAUACUCUUGCUGCUUGGUUCGGCAUUUGUCAGUGUCUGCAUGAGACAGUUUGAUGAUGCUGUAAGUAUCACCGUGGCAAUCCUAAUUGUUGUGACCGUGGCAUUUGUCCAGGAAUAUAGGUCUGAGAAGUCAUUAGAAGCAUUGACCAAACUCAUUCCACCGUCAUGCCACUGCAUUCGUGACAGCAAAGUUCACUCUUUUUACGCCAGAGACCUAGUGCCAGGUGACAUUGUGCUGCUCAAUUUAGGCGCACAGGUACCGGCUGAUUUGAGAUUGUUUGAGACCAUCGAAUUGUCCAUCGAUGAAAGCAGUUUUACUGGAGAAACGGAACCAGUAAUUAAGCAAACAAAAAGACGCAAAACAGAUGAAAACAAGUCGACUUGGGAAACCAUGGCCUAUAUGGGCACCUUGGUUCGAUGUGGCUCGGGAAAAGGCAUCGUUGUAUCAACCGGUGACCGCUCUGACUUUGGUCAAAUGUUUCGGUUAAUGCAAGCAGUAGAAUCACCAAAAACUCCGCUCCAAGAGAGCAUGGACACGCUUGGAAAGCAUUUGUCCUACAUUUCUUUUGGCAUUAUCGGUUUCAUCAUGUUAGCCGGCUGGCUGCAAGGCAAACCUUUGAUGGAUAUGUUCAACAUUGGCGUCAGUUUAGCUGUCGCCGCCAUCCCUGAGGGUCUUCCUAUAGUCGUAACGGUCACAUUGGCACUUGGCGUUACUCGUAUGGCCAAACGGAACGCCAUUGUCAAGAAAAUUCCUACAGUUGAAACUCUAGGAUGCGUGAACGUCAUCUGCUCAGAUAAGACAGGCACACUAACCAAAAACGAAAUGACGGUUACUAAUAUCGUAACAUCGGACGGGUGGCGAGCCCAGGUUACCGGUUCAGGCUACAACAACAUCGGUGCCGUACAAAUCCAGGACAGCUCAAGUGACCAAGAAACAGCACAAAUGGCUCGGAGUUCAAUUUAUAACGUUCUAGAGGUUGGAUGUGUCUGUAAUAAUGCUGCAAUAAGCCCAGAAGGAACCUUACGUGGUCAGCCAACUGAAGGAGCCCUAUUGGCAGCCGCCAUGAAAUAUGGCAUGCAUGCUUGCAGUUCAAACUACCACCGUCUGCAGGAAUAUCCCUUCAAUUCAGAAAUGAAAGUCAUGACUGUGCGCUGUAUGCCUCGUGCGGCGCACAAUGAAUUGCAUCAAGAAGUCUUCUUUUCCAAAGGAGCUGUUGAGAAGAUAUUACAAUACUGUUCGAAAAUCCACUACCAAGGCCACUGCGUGCCGCUAACCGUUGAACAACAACAACGAGUACUGAGUGAAGCCCGACAGCUAGCAACGCACGGUCUACGUGUAAUUGGUAUGGCUCGCGGCGAUUCCAUGGAGUCUAUGGAAUUUCUUGGCAUGGUGGGUUUGCACGAUCCACCACGUCCUCAGGUGCGACAGGCUGUUGACAUUUUUCACAGCACUGGAGUUCAAGUGGUAAUGGUGACUGGUGACGCUAUGGAGACAGCCGUGUCGAUGGCAGAACUUUUGGGCAUCUAUCGACCCAACAGUACGAUCGUCUCUGGAGAACAAUUGGAUGCUAUGGCCGACGACGAAUUAAAAGACCGAGUGAUGGAUGUGUCUGUAUUUUAUCGGGUCACUCCUCGCCAGAAAUUGCGCAUCGUGCAAGCUUUCCAAUCUGUGGGUGCCGUAGUUGCUAUGACCGGUGAUGGUGUCAACGACUGCGUGGCGCUCAAAGCAGCUCAUAUCGGCAUUGCUAUGGGAAAGAACGGUACAGAUGUAUCCAAAGAAGCUGCAGAUAUGAUUUUGGUUGACGACGAUUUUUACACCAUCAUGGCUGCUGUCGAAGAGGGUAAAGGUAUAUUUUAUAACAUCCGCAACUUCAUACGCUUCCAGCUGAGUACCAGUAUUGCUGCAUUGUCGCUUAUCACCAUUACUACUUUGGCCGGGUUACCUAACCCGCUGAACGCCAUGCAAAUCCUGUGGAUCAAUAUUUUAAUGGACGGACCUCCUGCUCAAAGCCUCGGCGUAGAGCCCGUAGACAAAGACGUCAUUCGGCAACCUCCACGCAGCAGCAAGCAAUCAAUGAUUGAUCGAUCUCUCAUCGUGAAUGUUUUACUUUCGGCAGCUAUAAUCGUUCUGGGAACUCUCUUCGUGUUUCAACGCGAGCUACAGGAUAACAAAUUAACACCACGUGACACGACUAUGACGUUUACGUGCUUUGUCUUGUUCGAUUUGUUUAACGCACUGAGUUGCCGCUCCCAGGACAAAUCCGUCUGGGAAAUCGGACUUUGCACGAACCGACUCUUCAUUGCAGCCGUUGCCCUGUCAUUAUGUGGACAGCUGCUCGUCAUCUUUUUUUCACCUCUGCAGUGGGUUUUCCAGACGGAAGCUCUCCACUUUCAGGACUUUGCCUUCCUGACGGCCAUCACUUCUAGUGUCUUAAUUGUGUCCGAAUUGAGAAAGUGGAUCCAGCGACACUCGCCUUUUCGACUUGGCUCUCGUAUUACCAAAGGGCGAAGUCGUUCUGAUUUGAUCUAACAAAUUCAGUUUCAAUCGUACAACCACCUUCUUGCUGUCAAUCUCUUGCUUUUUUAUUCGAUUUCAUUUUCCAUUAAUUGUUGUUACUGAAGGUAUUCGUUUGACGAGUCAAUAGAUUGCCAAGAGAACAGAA